AUGUUGGCUAAAUCAUCACUCUUCCUUCUUAUGAUCGGUAUGUUGCUGUUUGCCAGUCCUGUUGCUGGUCAAAUCACCACUGGUCUGAUCGGGGGUCGUUACUACACGAUUGUUCCUUCACAUAUAACACUUGUCGAUCUAAAUUUUGGCAAUAAAGGGAUCACCGAUAAAGGGGUGUGGUACUUGGCUGAUGCACUGAAAGUGAAUGAAACACUUACUUCACUUCGAUUAUUCGGAAAUCAAAUUGGCGAUGUUGGAGCACAGUAUCUAGCUGAUGCAUUAAAAGUCAAUCGGACACUCACUACGCUAGAUCUUCGGUGGAGUAGUAUUAGCAUUGUCGGUGCCGAAUAUUUGGCAGACGUUGUAUCGAUAAACGAGACAAUCGAAGAGCUGUGGCUGGGUGACCAAUUCAGUGGUGUUAUCGCGGCAUGCCAUUUAGCCAAACUAUUACGAGUCAAUCAAACGAUCACAGAAAUAAUUCCCUACAACCAGUUGCCGCCAUUAUCUCUACAUUUGAAUUGGGCUACUGCUUGGAAAGUUCCUCAAACACUCACUAAACUUGGUUUGCCGUCAUACGAAUUUCAUGCCAGAGGUGCCUACUAUCUGGCUGAUGCACUGAAAUGCAACCAUACGCUUACCAAAUUGGAUCUUACAUAUAAGUAUAUCGAGGAUGCUGGAGCACAGCAUUUCGCAGAGUUUUUGAAAGUCAAUCAAACACUUACUUCGAUCAAUCUUGAAUCGAACUCUAUUCACGCUCAUGGAGCACAGCACCUGGCUGACGCGCUGAAAAUUAAUCAAACACUUAUCGAAAUCAACCUCAGCGGUAACUAUAUCCAAAGUGCUGGUGCUCAGUACCUAGCUGAUGCAUUGAGAGUCAAUCAAACACUCAAAAUACUACAUCUGCGUUCCAAUGGGAUUGAAAAUGAUGGAAUACGACACUUAGCUGAUGCAUUGAAGAAUAAUCAGACACUCACUACACUGACACUUGAUAGCAACCGUCUUCGGGAAGAAGCAUCAGAAUAUUUGAUUGAGACCUUGGAAAUCAAUCGAACACUAACAAAAAUACUUGCACAGAGUUCUGUUAAUGGCCCUAUUGAAGCAUGGUUUUUGGCAAAGCAUUUACGAACCAACAAGACACUUGUCACACUGUCUAUGUUUGGACUCGCUAGUGGAAAUGAAGGAGAACUGCUUCUAGACGAAACACGACACAUGAAUCAAACGCUCACUACACUCCAAUUGAAGUCAAAUGCAAUUCUUGCACUAGGAGCACGCUAUCUUGCUGAUGCACUUAUAGUCAAUCAGGCAAGAUUGAUCAGCGUUUUUGCAGCUACGUCACGUGAAGGAGCAAAAUAUUUAGCAGAUGCCUUGAAAGUCAAUCAAACACUCACAACGUUAAAUCUCGAUGAUAAUUGGAUGCGUGACCCUGGAAUAGAGCAUUUGGCUGCAGCAUUGGUAGUGAAUCACACACUUAGUGCACUAAAUAUCAGCAGCAAUAAUAUCACUGAUGAGGGUAUACAACAUCUAGCUGAUGCAUUGAAGCAGAAUCAAACACUAACUACUUUAAACAUCGCUAACAACAAGCUAGGUCCAAUGAGUCCAGUACAUAUUGGUAAAGCUUUGUGUCAAAAUCAAACACUCGCGACAUUAGAUCUCAGUAAGAACGCAAUUACUGAUACUGGAGCAUGUCAUAUAGCCAAUGGAUUGAAAAAGAACCGAACGCUUACCACUCUAAACAUCGCGGAAAACAAGCUAGGUCCAAUGGGUGCAUUAUUUAUUGGUAGAGCUCUGCAUGAAAAUCAGACACUCACGACAUUAAAUUUGAGAAAUAAUGAUAUUCGAAGAUCAGGAGCAAAAAAUAUAACUGAAGCAUUGCACAUCAACUGCUCAGUUUCUACCCUUGAUAUUGGUGCUAAUCGAUUCCGUGAUGAAGGAAUAUUGAAUAUAGUGGGAGUGCUACGAAUUAAUCACAUCAGAUCUUUAUCGCUGGAUAACUUACUUAUUACGCAGACUGCCUUAUCCCAUCUAGUUGAAGCAUUAAAAGUCAACAAAACGCUCACUACUCUGUCUCUCGCUAGUUGUAAAAUUGAUGGUCGCAAGUGCGCAAGUUUGAACGAAAUGCUCCGACAUAAUCAGUCACUGACAACGCUUAAUCUUAACAGCAAUCGGAUCACAGCUGGUGGUGGUCAGCUUCUAGCCGAAGCACUUCUACAUAAUAAGACACUUACAACACUGUGGCUUAUUAACACUGGAAUCGGUGAUUACGGAGCAAAAUGUUUCGCCGAUGCACUAAAAGUGAACGAAACACUUACUACCUUAAUGCUGCGUUGGAAUCAUAUCAGUACUGGUGGAACACGUCAUUUCAAUUGA